GUUCAUAUUUAAAAGGGUUAUAUUAGCGUAAGAAAUAGCAAGUUUUAUUCGGUCAAUGACGUGGUGAAAAUGGAAAACGGAUUGAUUUUUGUAAUUGUUGCUGUUUGCCUGAGCUGUGGUCAUUUAUUGGCAAGUCAAAACUUGAGUUGUGCUCGAGGGUACUGGGGAGCAGAUUGCGAAAAUAGAUGUUCCGAAGGAUGCACUGACAUCGGAUGUGACAAAGUUACCGGCUCUUGUUUUGAAUGCCGCUCAGGAUAUCAUGGGAAACAUUGUGAUAUUGCGUGUCGUCAUGCUCAUUGUGUAUGUGAUCGUUUAAAUGUGAAUUGCACAUCCUGUUACAAUGGCUGGUAUGGUGAUAUUUGCAAUUUGCCAUGUUACAACAAUUGUGUCACGUGUUCAAAAACAACGGGCGUGUGUAACACAUGUAAUUAUGGCUGGUAUGGGACCAACUGUAGCAUACAGUGUUCAAAGGGAUGCAGAUUUAGAUCUUGUUCAAUGUCAACCGGAUACUGUUCACGUUGUAAAGUAGGCUGGUUUGGGUCAAACUGCGAAAAACAAUGUCCAUCAAACUGUCAUAAUGGCUGUCAUAAAACUUCCGGUGACUGCAGUUACUGCAACUCUGGGUUUUGGGGUUCUCAAUGUUCAAGUGUUUGCCCGUCGAAUUGUGAAAUUUGUGAUAAAUCUGAUGGAACAUGUUUGUUUUGUCCUAGCGGAUUUUGGGGUAGUAACUGCUCGCAAACGUGCAGUACUAACAAUUGCAAAAUGUGUGAUAAAAACACAGGUAGUUGUAAAUAUUGCAUCUCUGGUUUUUGGGGACCGACAUGUAACUAUUUAUGCAGUAACUGCUCAACUGGAAACUGUGACAUUUCCUCCGGCGUUUGUGAGACCUGUCCCACUGGAUUUGCAGGUGAACUUUGCAAUAUUAGUUGUGAUGUUUCAACCUGUCAAAUUUGGAAAUGUGACAAAAAGCAAGGAUUUUCGUGUUCAAUAUGUAAUAACGGAUUUUGGGGAACGUUUUGUGAGAAACAAUGCAGUAUGAAUAACAAAUGUAGUUACUGCGACAAAAGUACGGGAAAAUGUUGGUCUUGUCAUUUUGGAUUUUGGGGAACAUUUUGCGAGAAAAAAUGUAAGGAAAAUAACUGUAGAUAUUGUGACAUCAACGACGGAAAAUGUCGUUCGUGUGAAAGUGGAUAUUGGGGAAAAGGUUGCGAGAAGAAAUGCAAUAAAAUCUGCGAAAAUUCUUGUAGAAAAGAUACAGGAAUAUGUUAUUCUUGCAAAGCCGGAUUAUGGGGAACAUUUUGUGACAAGAAAUGUCUGACAGCAGACAAGUGUCUUUAUUGCGGCAAAACCAAUGGAAAAUGCGAAACGUGCGUAAAUGGUUUCUGGGGAAGUUCGUGUGAAAAGAAUUGCGCCUCAAACUGUAUAGGACUCUGUGAUAAAGAGACAGGAACAUGUUUAUCAUGUAAACCUGGAUUUAUGGGUUUCAAUUGUGAAACCGCAUGUGAAAAUGACAACUGUGAAUUUUGUUAUGGUGACAGUCGUUCAUGUAGUAAAUGCCGAGCCGGAUUCUGGGGCCAAAACUGCGACAUUCAGUGCAAGUCUAAACGAUGCAUUGAAUGUCAUAUUGAUGAAGGACGCUGUACCCUUUGUGAGGACGGUUUCUGGGGGACAUACUGUCAUUUAAGAUGCUAUGAAGAGUGUGAAUGCUGCAACAACACUUCCGGUACUUGUUUUCAAGGUCAUUACUGCUCGGGAACAAAUAAGAUGUACAAAACUACAGUGGUACCUGCACAGACAAAUACCACCAUAGUUGCAGUUGGUAUUGCAUUAAUUGGCUGCUCGGUACUAGUGCUUCUCAUAGCCAUGUGUGUUCUUUGUUUCAUUAUACGUCGAAGCAAACAAAAGGCUGGUGCAGCUACAUCAAAAGAUAAAAAUGUUGUACAACAGAGUGUCUCAUAUACAGUGGAUCGAAAGGGAAAUGCCAAAACUGAGAUAUCUACGUUUCAAGCCGAAAAAGACAAUCACACAUAUUGGACUCCGGAAACAAACAAGGGGUUUGCAGAAGAAGAUUAUGAAAACAAGCAUAGUUUACGAAAGCCCAUUAUUAGACAGACACAGUCUGCGAAAACCCAUAAGUUUCUGAUGAGAAACUAUUAGCUUCGAUCAAUUUCAGGAAUAUAUAUUCUGAGAACGAGUAUCGUUCAAUUGUUAAGCUGGACUGCUAGCAAAAAGACUCUAAGUAUACAUAAUUCAAUGUAAAAUUCACACACAUUAUAUUUUUUCACAUGUUUCUUUCACAUAUGUAUCUUCAAAUAUGUUCAUUAUUUUCAUAUUUAAAAGAUUGUGGAAAAAACUUUUAAGCACGCAUAGAAUAUUUACAUCCCAAAAUACGAGUCGAUGAAAUUAAGUACUGCAUUUUUAUCUAUAUGAUUCUAUUAAUAAAACUGAACCAAAAGACGACUGAUCGGCUGCGGCAAGUCGUCAUCUAAGAUAAGUGUAUUUUACGGGACGUUUGAACAUUCAGUGUUAAAAUACCAGUAAUUUUGCAAUUUUAUUGCUUUAGUGUUGGAUUAAUUUCAAAAACAAUCAACAUAUGCAAAGUAAAAACGCUGUCCAUGAAAGUAAAGUCAAAAUAUAUUUUAAAUUUUCUUUUGGUAUGGAAACAUUUAAUUACAUUGUAUCUAAAGUACCUCUAUAGAAAACGAAACAAGCAGACACGUAACUUCCGGUCACACUUUUGUUUUUGAAUUCAUGAAAACGUCGACCCUGUAUGACAAUUGUAAAUAUAUACGUACACAUAUGAUAAAUAAAUAUAUAUUCUACCUCUCUUUAUAAUUAAUGAUCAAUCUUUUACAUAACUUUAUCUAUCUUCCUUUAUGAUGAUUUAAUUUUCAACAAACUGUGUCUAUUAAUCUUUUUGUGAGAAAACAGAAUUCUAACCAUUAUUGGGGUUAUAAAGUUGCAAUGUUUUCAUGGACUUUUUUUUUGUUUUACAAAAAUGUAUACCGAGAUCAUCCUCCAUACAGUAAUAAGCCCUUUCCUUACUUCCUCCUUAACGAUAAGGAAGUGACAUUUAUAUUUUAAUGCAAAUGACAGGAAAGGCACAUUUAAUGUUUUAUAGGUGUCAAAAUUGUUUGAAUUUAUCGUUGAAACCCUGAUUCUGUUAAGGAAGUUUCCAUUUACAAUAACCUAAUGUGAAUUAAUUUUGAAUUAAAAAUAAUAGCAUUUCGAAAUUUUAUAGACCAAAAUAAUCGAAUAGUGAAUAGAUAAUAGUUUUCAUAAACAAGCAUUGUUCAUAAUAUUGUUACAUGCGGUCAAUGCCUUUAUGCCACCAACCAUCUGUAGUUUAUGUUUUAAAUUAACAUACAUUGUCUAUUAACAUUACUGUGCAAUAGGUUUAAAAUAAGACAGAAUGCAUGUAUAGCUAAACACAGUAUAAAUAUUUAUUUCUAGUACAAAAAGACUAGCCAAUGAUUUUAUAUUUAACAUACAUGUAUACUGAUUGGAUGUUUUAGGUUUUGCAACAUUCUGCUACAAACUCCAAGUAGCGAUUCUAUUGUGCAUAUCUUGUGGGGAAGCAAUUCAGCUGGUUUUCGGAAGGUUCUACCUUUGUGACCGACCGUGAUGAAAUAAUGCACAGAUGAGCACCUGGGGUCUUCCUCCACAUCAAAGCUGGCAAGUUCCAAUAUGACCUAAUUUUGUGUCGUCCGUUGUUAUACCCUACAAAUCUAUUGUGCAUGCACUCUGUUGUUUAAGUUUCGAAUGGCAUGUGUUUUAUUGGUAAAUCAAGUGAGCAGCAGGAAAACAAAUAUGAUCUGUCGACGUCUCGAGAAAGAAAAAGUUACGCUAAAUAUAACACGUUUGUCAUAAUAUUGAAGAUUUUAAUGGAUGCAAUUCAAUCUGUCAAUCUAUAUCCAAAUCUGGAUACCGAAAGACCAUUCAGCAAUUUACGCAAUUUGAAUUUGCGUUUGCAAAUGUUAGGUGUUGCUUUCGUUAAAUAGAAAAAGUUACGAUUCGCGUGAGAAAACUUGAAAUAUUUUAGAUGUGUGGGUAGAUAUAUUUAUCAAAUAACCUAUUAAAAUGCAGAUGCAGAAGUCAUGCAUUAAAUUAGAUAUUGACAAAGAUUUCAAAAAUGAUAACAACAAAAAACUAGUAUAUCCUUAAUGUGUGAGUAUUGCCUAUGCAAUCUUCACAUUUUAGAGGAUAUUAAAUAAACAAAUGAAUAAAUAAAUGAUAAUAACAGCUUAGCACACGGUUCGAAUAUGCGGAUUGUUCACAUGUAUAGCAGUUUGGAUUUAGGUUUGGAUUACCCUAACAGGCACAUUGUUAGGUCCUUUUGGCGAUACGCAAUAUGCCUGCACGGGUCUUGGCAGUUGCACAAUAAAAUUUAUCAUAUAAUGACAUAGCGUUUCAAUGACUCAAAUACUUUGAAACAUAACUAUAUAUCUAUUGUGACUGUUAAUUUAAGGUUGUUGUGUCCUAGAGUGUAUUGUGUAUAACAAUUCACAGAACUCCUUUUUAAAUUCUAUGCCUGGCUUAAUUCAUUGUUAUUUAUAGGACUGGGACGAUUCGAUAACAGGUGAAACCGGUUUCAAUUUUGCAAAACCGCUAAUCGCUCUUAAACAAUAAACAUUACGAAACGUACUUAACCUUUUAUAUUUCUUUGACCAGAACAUUGGCCCGCAGUAUAUUUCCACUAAAACGCAUCUACUUGAACAUAAUCAAUAGUCUUCGAUUUACUUUUCGUGAUAUAUCUAAAAUAAAAUAUACCAAAACAUGACAUCAAUUAUCACACUGCUUCCAAACGAUAAAGUCCGUAAGUUCCUAAUAAAAUCAGCUGCUGGAAGUAUCUUUAAAUGGUCAUCAGUACAGAAAACAGCAUUUCAAGUAUGGCGGCCGAUUAACCGGUUCGAUUCGAUUUCAUACAAAUGAUUAACCGGUUUCAAAAUUUUGAAAUGGUCCCAGCCCUAGUUAUUUAUCCUUGUAUCGACAUAAUUCACGAAAAUUCUGCGAAAUAGAUAUCAAACAUGCUAAAAUCUUAGAUAAGAUAAUUAAUGAAUACUAGUACGGGCAAAGUAUCGUGCCAGAGCUAUCGAGCUAUUGAAGCACCAGGGUAAAGUUACAUAGAAUUCAAAAUAUACAGGGAUGCUCCAGUUGCAAUUUAGACACUGUGACUAUCCCUGGCAGCAAGCAUGAGCGGUGUGAUAAACUAUGAAUUUAAAUAACUAUCUUUGUAUUAUGUAGUACAAAUGUGACAAACAAAAUAUAUUAACGCUGGAAUAUAGAUCUGGCAAGAGGACGCAUUAAGUGCUGAUUUUUUAAACAUUAUCAAGGAGAGACCCUAAAAACCCAAUCCGCCUGGAGAUGGAGACCCCUUCCCUCACCUACCCCACACUCGCAGCAUCUCUACUUGGUUCGUAACUAUACUGCUCAUAUCUGCCGUACAGUUCAAAGUCAUGCAGGUACGUCCCUGACAGGAGUAUUCUAAUGAACAUAGUUUUGAUUAUAUAUAUAUAUAUAUAUAUAUAUAACAAAACAUAUGCACAACAACUGAUGGAACUGAUUUAUUUUAUCAUAAUUCUUCUUAAAAGCCAGGAAAAUAACCCGUUUUAUCGCAAAGCCCUUUCCUCAGUUAGAGAAAACUGAACACAUGCUAAAAAUGACAUGAUCUUAAUUUGGUAUAAAAAUAUUUACAAUUUAGAAAUUGAACUUCCUUAUUACUGUUGAAAAUGUAUAUAUACACUCAUCUGAAUAAUAUUUUAACACAGAAAAUCACUGUUCCUGUUUACUCUUGACUACUUUUAUUAGACUGGUGUUUUUGGAUGUUUACUUUAUAGUGUGAAAUUGUUUAUGUAAGGGUUGAUAAGAGGCAAUAUUUUAAGUUAUUGUUUCUGAAAGUUGGCCAAUUGCAUUGUCACUUUCUGAGACUAGGCUCCAAAUCUCAGUGCUAACUAACCUUGCAUGCAGUCAGUUUAAUUUCAACACUUUGAUUAAUAUUAUGUAAAAUUUAAUCCCUUCUUUUAAUUGCAUGGUUAUCAUAUAAAUCGGAAAAUUACAGCGACUGUUUUAAAGAAAGCGUCAAAAGAAGAAGAAGAAAUGACACUAACGAAGACGAAAAAUGGUCUAUAUCUCAAACGCUACAUAACCCAUUAACGUAAUCAAAGUGGUGCGUGUGUGGAUCAUAAUGAAAUGAAACUUAAUAGAAUAAAUAUAUUAAUGAAUGAUCUAACAUACUUAUCUAGUUAUCAAAUAAGUAAAGUGAGAUAUAUUUAUAUCGCUUGAUUUGUAUACACUGUACUAUAGCUUGUUUUGCAAAUAAAUACAUAAACAUAUAA